GUUUCACUGUGAUCUUACCUGCAAUGUCAUGCAUGCAUGAGAUGGAGACCAUGGGCCUCGUGGAGAUUAGGGAUGUAAACGGCCGAAAAAAAACACUUAAUAUACUGCACCCUAGGCCUGCCCCCCUAGCUAGCUCAACUGCACAACGCAUGGCCAAUUGGCCAUGACCAAGGCCUGUUGCUUUCCACCAAGACUGCUACUAGGGUUGUGUGCAGCAAGGAGUAAAGCAAGGUGGUGGUAAGGAAAAAAAUUGCACGCGGCCGUGCCGCACGAGGCCGCCGGUGCGGCCCGGCACCGAUUAACGACGCGUGGAUAUUCAACGGCAUCUGCAUCUCAUGGAUAAAGCCUCGGACGUAUACGCAGCUCGGCUAAGCCUCGGACGUAUACGCGGCUUGGCUUACAGAACGGCUCGCUUUACCAUCGUUGCUUCCAUACGCUUCCAUACAGAUACGUAUCUUGGCUUCCAAAAAACAUGUCCUGCUAAUCAUAUUGAAGCCGCCGCCACCGCCGCCACGCGUGACUGGUGGCCGCCGUCUUCCUCAUUUGCCAAGUGACGGUUGCGCCAUUACAUAUCGUAGCUUCCAAAGAACAAGUCCUGCAACGAUCAUAUUGAAGCCGCUGCCGCUGCCACGCAUGACCGGUGGCUGCUGUCUUCCUCGUUUGCCAAGUGACGGUUGUGCCAUGGAUAUUUCCUCAUCCUCAGGUCCAGCAGCCAACAUAGAGGUCGAUCAACUCAUCUGUCCACUUGAUGGAGAUCGUGAAGUCGUCGGGUACGAGAACGACGAGAUAAAUGUAGUUGCCGUGGAACAUGGAGAUGAAGACGCACAAGGAACUCAGGUCGCUAAUAAAAUUCAACAAACUUCAUUUGUUCCAGAAGUUGGAAUGGCUUUUGAAUCAGAGAAUAGUGCUUAUGAGAUGUAUAACAGUUAUGCUGGUAAGAUUGGAUUUAGUAUUAGAAAAGGUACAACAAAACACCGGCCAGAUGGUAGUUUAUAUAUGAAACAUUUAGUUUGCAGUAAUGAAGGAUUUGGGAAAAGUGAGUCAUCGAAGGGCAUAACAAGGACAGGUUGUGGUGCUCGUGUUCAAUUCAGUGUUAGUAAAGAAUGGAUUUGGAUAGUGCAAAAGAUUAUAGUAGAUCAUAAUCAUUAUCUUGCUAGUCCAAAUAAGAAGAAAAAUUUAAGAUCCCAACGACGUGUCACAGAAGCAGACAGAAAGCUAAUUGGACAGAUACGAGAAGCUGGGAUGAGACCUGCCCAGGUGUAUGAGUUCAUGAAAGAAUUUUAUGGAGGAGCUGACAAAGUGCCAUACUCGAGGAUGGACUGCAACAAUGAGAUUGGCCGUGAGCGCAAGAAAUACUUAGAAUCUAAUGAUGCACAAACACUAUGCAACUACUUGAAGAAUAAGCAACGUGAGGAUCCUACAUUUUUCUAUGCAAUUGAUAUAGAUCAGGAAGAUGGACCCAAUAAAGGUCGUAUAGCUAAUUUCUUUUGGGCAGAUGGUCAGUCUAUCGUGGAUUAUGGAUGCUUUGGUGAUGCUGUGUCAUUUGACACCACCUUUCAAACUAAUAAGUUUGAAAUGCCUUUUGCUCCAAUCCUUGGUACAACAUCCAUAUAUUGCAGGUAUAUUAUGCAAGCAUGCCCUGAAAGUCUUCAACAUAAAUGAUGUUUUUGUUUUGCCAUCACAAUAUAUACUGAAUAGAUGGACAAAAUAUGCAAAACGUGAAAUUUCUGAUAAUAAACAAGGAACAGAGAAUUAAAAUUUGACAACCCAAGCAGCACGUAUCUCACGGAAGGCGACAUCUAUUGCAUUGAAGUGUUCACUAUCAAAAGAGCUUCUUGAUGAUUUGGAGAAAGCCAUAGAUAAGCUGGACCUGGACGCAGAUAAUUCUAUAUGCAAGGUGCAAGAAAAAGCUAAUGAGGUUCCUACAGUUUUACUGAGUGCUGUACAGAUACAAUAACAGGUAAAAUAUCAUUUAGAGCUCCCCCUGUGGUAAAAGGCCCAAAAAAUAAACGAUCAACCACAUCGCUUGAAAAGAGAAAAGGGAAGAAAAAAGUGGUAACAAGAAAGGAGAUGCUCAAAAUAGUACAACUGAAAACAGCCAUGAAGCCUCUGAUAUGUUUGUUCAUCCUUCAACUGUGGCAAUUCCAACGAUCCAGGGUGGUUAUGUUAAUGCCACAAUGCCACACUUUAAUAUGUAUUUGAGUUCUUCAGAAAUGGAUGCUCAGGGUGUACAAGGAGGAUACACAAGUCUUUUACUUGGAGUUGAUCAAGGUGCUGCUUCAGUAGUUAAGAAGUUGCAGUUUGAUGGAUUGCCAAAUAACGAGAAUAUCUGACAAUCUAGAUUUCAGACCGAAAAGACUACCAACUGGAAGAGAAGGAAAAGAGCAUCGGCAGAUGCUAGCUCAUGUGAGUGUGCACAGGGACACUUGAGUACAAUCAGUAGUAGCAUACUUGGAAAAUUUAAGUUCACGUGUAGAAAAUUCUACUAGUAACUUUGUAAUAAUGGAGUACGAGCUGGCCGGUUCAUUCAAAGCUGACAAUCCCAGUUCAAUGUCAUUAAAUAUUGCAAUUGCA